CAAGGAUCAAUCUUUCUUAGCAAAACCCUCACACUAACUCUGUGUUCUCUUCUCACUCGCAAAGCAUUUUCCCCCAGAAAGAAAGAUGGAUUCAAAAGUUUCCUCAUCAUCCCAACACCAAAAGCACCCGACUUUGCAACAAUCCUUCUCCAACAUACAAACCCAAUUCUCCGUUUUACUCAACAACCUUUCGAAAACCCUAAACCCUCUCUUCAACCCCAACUCUUCUCCCAACAACAUCUUCUCUGCUCUCGACUCCUUGCGAGCCAAGGCCAAGCAAGCUCUCGAUUCCGUUUCCAACAACAACACACCACAACCCGUCUGGGCGAGAAUCUCCGACGACGGCGGGAAGAAGACCCAUGUCGCGGCGGCGGUGGCGGCUCCGGUCCGACGAAGCAGUGGUCCGGGGCUGUCCGAUGACGAUAUGGAGGAGAGGUUGGCGGGUGUUCCCGUUUACGCGCUGAGCAAUUCGAAUGAGGAGUUUGUGUUGGUGUCGGGGACAUCCACGGGGAAGUCUCUGGGUUUGUUGUUCUGUAAGGAGGAAGAUGCGGAGGCGUUGCUUAACCAGAUGAAGAUUAUGGACCCUCGGAUGAAGAAAGAAGGUUCCAAAGUUGUUGCUCUUGCUCUUAGUAAGGUGUUCCAGUUAAAAGUUAAUGGUGUGGCGUUUAGGUUGAUUCCUGAGUCUACUCAAGUUAAAAAUGCUCUUAAGGAAAGGAAAACAGCUGGUUUCGCUGAUGACGACUUCAAUGGUGUUCCAGUUUUCCAGUCAAAGAGCUUGAUUCUGCGAAGUGAUAACAAGAGUUAUCGCCCUGUUUUCUUCAGAAAGGAGGACUUGGAAAAAUCUCUGAAACGAGCUUCCCGCCAACAGAACCGGCUCAACCCUGCUCUGAAACCGGGAGAUAUUCAGGUUGCAGUUUUUGAAGAAAUUGUCAAAGGGAUGAAGGAAAGCGCAACAUCAAACUGGGACGACAUUGUGUUUAUACCCCCUGGUUUCGAGGUUUCAACAGAAGAAGAAACCAAGGAGUAGAUAUCCUUGUAGCAUCGUAAAACCCUAAACCAGCUUUGCCUCUCCAUUUUGUUAUUUUCGAUCACAUAUGCUUUAUGAUUUCAUGUAUGUCAACAGUUUAGUAAUAAAGCCUUAUAGACUUCUGAUGUAUAUUUUUCUUUUGCUUUCUUCGACAUGUUGCUGUUAUGUUCGUCAGUAUUGACAUAGAAAACGUAUUAUCACUGAAACACUAUAUUAUAG